UUUACAUUCCCUUCGGUUCCCCGAACCGUCGUCUUCUCGUGUCGAAGCUCCGCACCUUCGUCAUGUCGCAGGACCGCGGCAAGGGUCCGGCGUUGGCGGACCUUUCCACGGGGCCCAGGCAAGGUCAUAACACGAAGGCGUUCGAGUCGCCUUUCAAGGUUGAUGCGAAGGUCGACGGGAAGAGAGACGAUCCGGUGUGGCAUUUCGUCGCGAGAGGUCGUUAUUUGGAUGGUUCCACGGCGGCGGGUAGGAAGCUUGGUCGUCGCUGCCUGUGCAAGUUGUGCGGUCGUUCUAUUUGCGGGGGCGCCAAAUCAGCCAGGGAACACUUCUCGAAGAGCGAGAAGUUCCGAUGCGAGGUGGCCACUCCUGCGGUGUGGUAUGCCAUCUGGGCGAAGGAUAUGACCAAAUGUCUGAAGGAGUUCGCUUCGGCCAUCGAGUCGUUGCAGAGCUUAGAGGCAGGUCAUCCAAGGUUCCAGUGGCCACCGUUGCGAUACCCCGAGGACUCGGUCCCGGCUCCCGUUUCCACGGCCGCCCCCUCUGGUGUGGCGCCAUUACCUGGUAUUGCGGCUCCAACUGAUGGGGUCACAGUUCCGCUGCCGACGACGACCAGAUCCUACGCACGUGUCUGCAGAUGCUGGACAUCCUGCUCCCCUUCCCGAGUCGGAGGACAGGCGGUGCCCGGGGUGCCUGCUGAGGAGGUCCCCCUUCCGGUGGCCGAUUCGGCGCCGACCCCGAUUCGGACAACGACUAGCGCUGCUCGGCGUGCUCUGCCUGCUCCGCCUGUGCUCAGCGGAUUAUUAGAUCCUUUGUACCGCAUGCACGACAUUGCAGUCGCCCAGAGUGCGGCACCUGCGAGUCCUGGUGGGUUGUUGGAUGCCGGGGUCCUCGGUGGCCGAACCACGACGGGACUCGUCCGGGGGACUUAUCGCCAGCAGGCCGUGACGUCGUAUUAUUCAGACUCUUUGGAGCGCGCAUGGCAUUUGCAGAUCAUGAGGUUCAUCGUCAAGAGCAGGAUGACGUUCAACUGCGCGAAGCUCGAAAGCUUCAAGCGCAUGUUCACGAUGAUCAUCCCGUCGGGGAUUCCCGAGCCGCCCACGCCUAAACUUCCCACGUACCACAUGCUGCGCACGACCCUCUUGGACGAGCUGGAUGCCGAUGUCCUGAAGUGUGUUCUCCCUAUUCUUGACACAGGAAGUGAUGGACCCGAUGGUGGAGGGAGUGGGUGUGGGGGCGACAGGGCUAAGGAGUGUGUGGACGGCGAUGUUGGUCACGGUGGUCGCACCAUGACUCGCAUGCCUGCCAUCGUUUUGAAGAGGUUGAGACAAGGGGGCAGACGGGAUGACAACAUUGCUUCUCGUGUGCGUAGACGUCGUGUGACUUGUGUCCAUGUCGCGACCCGAACGGAGGCACAUGUCAUGCAGCAGGACCCGGUCGUCGUGUCGGAGGAUGACAUGGGUGAUCAUCCCACGUCGUUGGCACGGGAGGAGAGUGGAGUGGUGUUCACUUGUCCCCGGUCGCCGGAGCCCACUGUCGACACCGCGGAGGAGACGGAGUUCCAUCACAUGCCUUCCACUGAUGUUGUCACGGGCGCGCACGGGGCGCCUAGGGCGGAGGUCCCCCCCGCAGGCGUGGGUAUGGAGGACGGGGAGGCAACACCCCCUCCCACGACAGACGCUGGUCUAGAGAACGGAGAGGUCGCACCUACUCCCGCUUGUGCCCAUGAUGGCCUCAGGUCUGUACGCUACAGUAGAGAGGAUGUGGUGCGUGCCCUGGCGAGCGCCGGUUACUCCACAGAGGAUAUCCACCGCACAUUGGCGGGAUACCCAGGCACGCUUCAGCAGAGCGCCGGCCUCCAUUGCCCUCCCGACAGUCUUCCGCGCACUGAUGAGUUACUGACCAUGGACCCAGAUUUGGCAGGUCUGCCCGAAAUAUCGCUUUUGAUAUCUCCCAGUUUGCCAGAUGUGGCACCACCAAAGGCUACUCAACUGGAUGAGACACAUCAUGACACAGAAUCCGACGCGGUCGGCGCCGACACGAGACUGCAUCCUUCAGAGGUCCGCAACUCUCCCGCUGGAUUUCAUGUGGGAGGCCCGUGGGCUGUGGAGCAGGGGUUGGCGGGCCGUGCACCGCAGCGCAACGCAGUUCCGGGGGUCGUUCAGUCGGGAGGAGGCGAGGGCACGGGGCAGGAUCCGGCUCAGCCACGGAGCGGAGCUGAUGGUCAGCCCGUCGGCGGGGACAGCGAGCACGGCGGGUCAUCGACCACAGACCCUUAUGCUGGCGGGCCCGUCGGCGCCGUCGCACAUGGUGUCGGGGGCGGGCAUGCAGGUGACCCUCGACCUCAUCUGCCGGGGAUUUGUCCACCACCCCCGCACCCCCCCGCCGUCGACCCCGCCGCCCAUGGCUUGGAUGCGCGCAGUGCAUUGCCGACGAUGUCUUUCUACAACGGCGCGAGCACAGACCGAGGGGCAGGCGAUAUGGGACACACAUCAGCAUGUGGACCGACAGAUGUGCCGGCGGGGACGCGGUUGAUAGGCCACGUCGAUGGCAGUUGUCACGAGUCUAUGAGAGCUUUCGAGGAGCGGCAUGGGAGGCCCAUACAGCCCAAGACAGAGGACGUCCAUGACACCAGGAUGACAACUGCGAGGCUAUCCCAGGCGAGGAAAAAGGGGACAGGUAUGUCGAUUCCGUUUCAUCGGCACCGCCCGCCACCUAUUUUUCGCUACAGAGAUAAGUCCAGACAGAUGUCAGCAGCUGCUGACGGACAGGCGGGGGCAGACGGGGGUGACGACGUGGACAGACCAGGGCGAGGCGAGAAGAGACGAGGCAGCUGGAGCAUCAUCCAUGAUGACAGUUCCAUAGCCGCUGAGGCCGGCGAGACCACAGGGGCCGACGAUCCUAAUGACUCCGAUUACGUGCCGAGGUUCCGAACGACAGAUGGAGAUGACGACGGAGGACGACGCGUGAGGCAGAGGACAGGACUCGGCCCGCAAGAGCAGUGCACGCCAUCGGCCAAUGUGCUGCUUAUUGAUCGAUGGGCGCAAACUCGCUCUAUUGUCAUCUUGUGAUUGGUUGUUGGGAGUUUGUCAGAGAGAGAGGAACACUGUGUGUAUUCUCCGCAUCGGUGCAUGGUUGAUAGUAACUUGAUAGGAUGU